AUGCACCCCACAAAGGUUGAUCUAAUUUGUAGUUUAUUUUCUGUGAACAAAAAGGCUUUUCUGAAAAUGGGCAUUUGUGGUACAGUCUUUGAUGUUCGAGGCUUCGGUGCUUGAGGAGGUUCAACAGAUAAACAUAUAGGCUCUGAAUUUUCUAAAGACAAGCUUGUAGCUAAAGUCAAGAUAGAGAUUGUGGUGAGCAAGGACUAGGUGGAAGCUGUAAUAGACAAGAUAGUUGAGGAAGCAAUGAUCGACAAGAUUGGUGAUGGCAAGAUUUUCUUGAUACCUAUCACGGAUGUUAUAAGAGUCCACACAGGCAAGCAUGGAAAGAAAGUUGAGAGGAUGACCAGAGGACGUCUUGAUAUGUCAGCUACUACAUUGACCUAA